CUGUCGUUGGAGAAGCGUGUCCAUUGCUGAGCUCCGACUUCCUGUUUGAAUACUAAAUGAAAUCACGUGGUCUAAAAGCAGAACGCAGCUUCUUUUGUUCAAAUCAAUCAAACCAGAGACGGCUCAGCUGCGGACCCUCUAACCACCGUACCAAACUGAUACAAUGCCACGUAAGAGGGUGACCGAGGUCUCUGGAAAUGGUGGGAUAAAGAAGAAGAAGCCCAGUGGAAAGAGGAAAGAACGUGAUUUCAGUAGUGAUGAUGAGUUUGACUUUGAACAGGAGAACAAUAAAAGUUCUGGCAAAACCACCACAAAGUCUGGACUCCAACCUGUGUCAGUGGCCGAUGACGUGAAAGAGAAAAUAAGACUUGAGUGCCCCAAGGUCAAAGGUCAACUACUCAUCUUUGGUGCAACUAAUUGGGAUUUGAUUGGUAGGAAAGAGGUGCCCAAACAGCAAGCGGCAUUCCGCAACCUUGGCCAGAAUCUUUGGGGUCCUCAUCGUUACGGGUGCAUGAAUGGGAUCCCGGUCAGCUGUGUGAUAUCAGGUCCCUGUGCUGCCCACAGUCUCCUCCUGACUACGGAGGGCAAGCUGUGGAGCUGGGGUCGUAACGACAAAGGUCAGCUUGGCCAUGGCGACACAAAGCGUCUUGAGGCUCCAAAAUUAAUCGAGGGUCUGGCAGAUCAAGUGAUUGUCACUGCGGCGUGUGGACGCAAUCACACUCUGGCGCUCACAGAAAAUGGCACUGUGUAUUCCUUUGGUGAGAACAAACUGGGCCAGCUUGGUCAAGGGAACCAGACAGAUGCUGUCCUCAGCCCAGCGCCAAUCUGCUACAAUGGUCAGCCAUUGGUGAAGGUGGCCUGUGGUGCAGAGUUCAGCAUGGUGGUCGACUGCAAAGGAAACCUCUACUCUUUUGGCUGCCCGGAGUACGGACAGCUAGGUCACAACAGUGACGGCAAGUUCAUCGCUCGUGCUCAGCGCAUUGAGUUUGACUGUGAACUGAUCCCCCGCCGGGUUGCUAUCUUCAUUGAAAAGACGAAGGAUGGCCAGGUCACACCUGUGCCCAAUGUGGUCGUCCGAGAUGUAGCCUGUGGGUCGAACCACACGUUGGUCUUGGACUCUCAGAAGAGAGUGUUCUCUUGGGGUUUUGGUGGUUAUGGCCGUCUGGGACACACAGAGCAGAAGGAUGAGAUGGUCCCUCGGCUGGUCAAGCUGUUCGACUUCCCAGGACGCGGUGCAAGCGCUGUUUGUGCUGGCUACCAGUGUUCCUUUGCCAUCAGCGAGAUGGGAGGUCUCUUCUUUUGGGGUGUGACAAACACCUCGAGGGAGUCCACCAUGUAUCCAAAAGCAAUACAGGAUCUGAGUGGCUGGAAGAUCCGCAGUGUGGCGUGUGGAAAGAGCAGUAUCAUCAUUGCUGCAGAUGAGAGCACCAUCAGCUGGGGACCCUCGCCCACCUUUGGAGAGCUGGGAUACGGUGAUAACAAACCCAAAUCGUCCACCACAGCUCAAGAGGUCAAGACCUUGGAUGGCAUCUAUGUUGAACAGGUGGUGAUGGGCUACUCCCACUCCCUGGUCAUUGCCAGACAGGAGACCCAGCAGGAGCAGGAAAGACUGAAAAAGCUGCCUGAAUACAACCCUCGAACAAUCUAAGGCCCACCAGCAGAAGACCCCUGGAAAGCACUCCUCGGCCAGCUGCGGUCUGAACGGAUCUGGUGCCACAUGUCUCGACUACCAGCUGACCAAAUUGACACCAAUAUAAAGAGAAAAAAAUCAAAAUGGGUCAAGCGUGCAUGUUCUUGUUGUGUCUGUGUUGCAGUAUUACAAUGUCACUUUUACGGGUGCUCUUUCAAAGACCAACAGUCUAGGCCUGAGACUUUCUCUUCAGGUGUGGACAUGAUGAAAUUUGUUACAUUCCUUUUUUUCAAUUGUGUCUCAUUUGUCUUUGUCUAUGCUCAACUCUACUUGGCUGGUGAGAAUUUUAAUAACCAACAAUGUCUGGUUAAUGAAGACAUGUCUAUUUUUUUUAUGGUGACGGUUCUGGGUUGUUUUUUGAUUGAA